AUGCACGCCUCCCUCAUCCGCCGCUCCCUCGGCGGCCUUGUCCCGCCCCAAAAUCGCCACCCCCCAAGCUCGUUGUGCUCGGGGGACUCCGCUGGCCCGCUCGGUCCCCUUGUGUCGUUCUACUCCAAGCUCCCGAAGGGCCGCGCGCCGGCGCCUGCGGUGGCGGGAGUCAAGGGGCGCUUGUUCAGUGGGAAGAACGCCAGCGCGAAGCCGGUACUGGCGCUCAUUGGCGGGCUGUGGCUGGUGGGGUAUACGUUGGACUACCAACGUGCGUGCUAUGGUCCCUCCUCGACGACGGUGAUGCUGACCUACUCUCUCCUUCCUCCACCCUCCUUUCAACCACUCGUUUCCUUCUCCCCAGUCCAUCUCACACAAGAACAACGCGCACUAGACGUUGUGCCGCGUGUCGUUUUAAUCCAAGUGGAAAGAAUGCCUGCGCUGUCUCCCCUGCACCCUGUCGUUGAAGCUGCCUCGACCCCUUCCGCCUGCGCGCACACAAACGGCGCUCUACAUUCAAGUGUCAUCUAUCCAGUCGAUGUCCAGUCCCAUCCACUCCUCUCGCUCACCCUCAACCCUGUCCCACCCUCCUCCUCGAUCGAUACCGUCUGCGGUCAGCAACGCAUGUGCCAACGGACAUCUCGCGAGGUACUCCUGGCUCUGCCGCCAUCACCAACCGUACGGAGUGCCAGUGACGAGCGUGGCGGCGCAUGGGUGAAGGAACUUGCAGAGGAUGGUACUCAUGCCCCUGCCGCGUCAGGUUAG